AUGGAAGAUUAUGACAUAUUUACAAAUGAAAUAGACUUCGCCAAACCCGUUCAUAAGAAUAUACUCAAUAAAUAUGUCAACGAUGUACCAAAGACUCCGAGUGGACCUAAUUAUGCAAGCGGCAGGAAAUUACUGGGACAGGAAUGUUUUGCUGAUGGUAAGGAAAAUGAAUGUGCAUUUCACUUCAGUGAAUCCGCUUCUCCCUCCUCGAGGACUCGCGCUGUGUACAGAGAUGAACAGCUGAAAAGUGCUGACAAUAAAUUAAAUAAAAUAACAGAUUAUAUAAAGCCUGUUAAGAAUAUUGUUGACAAAAAUCCUAUAACCAAAGAGGAUAAUGCAGUACUUGAUCUCCUUAAUAACAAUAUGGAUGUAACUGUAUUGGAUAAAUAUAAUACAAAGGAGGAAAUUCCAUUUCAUAAGCAAUACAUGAGAUUCAGUUCGGACAACAAUGUUGAUAAUUUUUUGAAGAUAUUAAAAGAAUUACCUAAAGAGUGGACAAUAAUUCAGUUAACAGCACCAUACAAUCCUAAUGAAAAUCUGAAACCAUUAACUGAUUAUCGCACAGAGAUUACAUCUAUGUAUAUAACAGUGCUCAGUAACAAGUAUUGUGAUAGUCCAUUGACAAUAGAAGUUCCAGCUAAUGUUACAAAAGAAGGUGAAAAACCACUGUUUGAAGAGCUGUAUUCUCUACUAGAGGAGAAUUAUAGGACGAUAGACAAUGCUCAGUAUUUAAACAACAAGAAUUUGGUCCAGAAUUAUUGGAGCAAACGUGAGGACAUUGACCUCAGGAUGAAGAGCAUUGUUAAUGUAAUGGAUAAAGAAUGGCUCGGUGGCUUCUCAAGUCUUUUGACUGGACGGCUAUUAGAUGACCAAAAGCAUGAUAGAAUUGUUAGUUUAGUCAAUAAAGCUAUCAAUGAUUGGGGUUUCGUAAGACUGACGGCAAAACAGAAAAUGCUUCUAUACAACCUCAUUGAGAGCAGUGCGUUGUUGCCAUCGCAGCAAAUAAAAUCUUGUAUACGAAAAAUAUUGACUGAACAUGGCAAUACUGAUGAUAUAAGAAAAACUUUGAGAAUAGACUGUGAUAACUGUAGCUCUGAAUUCAGAUUAGCGAGUGAACUAUGUUUGAAAUGUUUGUCCCAUUGCUUCAAGGCGAUUCACCAUUUUAGACUGGUUGAUGGUAUUAAAGCGUUUUCACAAGUAGCAACACAGGUUAAAGAAGACAACGAAUGGGCAAGUUUGAAGAAGGCAAACCGACAACCGGUUAUAUUGAUUGUUGAUGAGAUGUUAGACACAUUCCCAUGGGAAACUCUGCCCAUUCUCAAUCAACAUCCCGUCACUCGGAUAGAGAAUAUACAUUUUCUGUAUUCACUAUACAAAACACAUGAAAAUAAGAUUAUAAACGGUUACUAUACAACCAGCACAAAUGUUGGCAGAUACAUUAUUAAUCCAGAAAAGAAUCUCGAACGUAUGGAGCUUAGGAUGAAAUCGUUUGUGAAAUAUUGGUGUAAGUCUUGGACCGGCCACGCGGGUGAGAAGCCCACUGCGGAAGAAUACCUUAAAUGUCUUACAGAAGCUGAAGUAUUCCUGUACUGCGGUCACGGCGAUGGACGCCAACUGGCUAGCAGCUCGUCUCAAAUCGAGAGUGCUUCGUGUGGUGCUGUAUGUAUACUAUCGGGCUGUGGCUCGCUGAGGCUUGUGAGGGAAGGGAGUAGAACACCCGCGACCGCCGCUCAUCAUCACCUACGACUAGCCGGAUGUCCAAUGGUGAUCGGAAUGCUUUGGGAGGUGACCGAUCUUGAAGUGGAUAAAAUGGUGACAAAGAUGCUGUCUCUGUUCGUACCAUCAAAGGCGCCGUGUGAUUGGAAAUAUGUAAAGAAAAACCAGUGGAGUCAGGGGAUUAUCGACUUCCCCGCCCCACCGACCUCGCCUCAGAUCGUGUGUCACGAUGUCUUGUUGGCUGCGAGCAAAUCACGUUUAGCUACAAACUACAUUAUGAUAUCUAGCAGUCUAGUUAUUAGAGGGUUAGAGUGGUCUUUGUGUAUGGAAAAUAAGCGCUGGAGUAGUUCCACGUACGAACACAUUCCCAGGAAAGCGGCGCUAGUAGCGGCCGGUAGAUAA